UGAUCUUUGUACCCAACAAUGAGAGGCCCACCUAAUGAGCGGCUCUGAUCUCAAGAUCAGGAGGGAAAAGUAGUUAGGAAAAAAGGAAAAAGAGAAUCCAGAUGCGGACGAGUAAACGAACCUCUUUUCCUCUCUCUCUCUCUCUCCAACCUCUCACUUUCUCUCUCUCUCUCUCUCCUUCGUUUCGUUCUCCCAACAAAAACCGUUUUCGCUGCCUCAUCCCCACCACCGCCUGACGCAAUCCCACCAACCAUCGCCGGGAAAACCUCUCUCCGGCGUUUUUCAGACCUCCGAACCCCGAAAUCCGAUCAACGCGUCAGAUUCCGGUGAUCGGUAUUUUAUUUGCCAUACUAUUUUUUAUUUUUAUUGUAAAUUCGUUUCCGGGUUUUCUUCUUCUUCAUUCUUGAAGUCGUCUUUCUCCCCCACUCUCUGUUCUAAGAAUUUCAAACCCUAGGAUAGAUUCUCCGGCGAUUUUUGGUCGGAUAAUUGAUCGCGGACGCCGGAAUCCGUCUCUCCGAUCGGAGAUCUGGUCCUACUUUCCAAGAUUCAAUUCGGUGGCCUGAUUGUUUCUCCUUAUAAUUCGGAUCGUGAUCUGGCUGGGAUAGAGCUGAGAUUUUGCGAUUCCAGCCGGAAAGUGCUGGAAUUUGCGGUUUUCUAUAUCGGAGAUCGGCACGUUCACAGGUCGUAUUGGAUCUUAUUUUCAGUCAAGAUUGCACGAAGAAGAAACUGAAAUUACGCUGGAAAACCCUGUUAUUCGGGCAGGAGAAUUCCGGAAAGUUGUAAUCUUUUUUAUUGGAUAUUGACGUUUUUGGUCGGAUUCUGUUCCGAUUUCCUGUCCGGAUUGUACAAGAAUGAUAUAGAAUUUUGCUUCAAAAAUUCAUAUUUCCUAUCAGAGGAGUUCUCGAUACAUACUGUUCCAUUCAGAUGCAGUUUCUAUAUGUACUAUCCGAUGUCCUGAUCUUGAUUGUGCGUGGAUAGAACUGAAAUCUAAGUUGGGGAAGACCUGUAAUUCAGGUUGGAGGGGAGAGGUGUUUUAUGGCAAGGAAAGAUCGGAAUCCACUCUCUGGAUUCUCUGAGCGUGAUCGGGAAUUGCAGCAGCAUGAGAAAGCCGCAGGAAGUGUAAAACACCAGUGAUCUAUUCUUUUGUGUUGGAAGGAUUUACAUGAGAUUCAUGGUGUAUUAGACUGCAUAGAUUUCUCGAAGGCAUGAUUGGUUAGCAUGCUUCUAGAAGCCGGUAGAUCGAAGAAUCUGUUCUACUUUCUGGAUUUGACUGUGAAAUCCUGUUCUUCAAAUUUGCUCGAGGAAGGAAGUUCUGUGGUUCCUAAGAUGGGAUCAAAUGGUGGAGAUUAUGAUGGCCGCCGUCGCCGCAGGUCAUGUGAUUCUCUCCUCCCAGGUCUUCAUGACGACAUUGCUUUGAAUUGCCUUGCGUGGGUGCAUCGGUCGGAUUAUUGUUCCCUUGCUUGCCUCAACUCUAGGUUCAAUUCGCUGGUCACGAGUGGUUAUCUCUAUGGAUUGCGGAAGCAGAUGGGCAUCGUGGAGCAGUGGGUCUAUCUAGUCUGCGAUCCAAGGGGUUGGGAAGCUUUUGAUCCCACGAGGAAGAAGUGGAUGAGAUUGCCCAAAAUCCCUUGUGAUGAGUGUUUCAAUUAUGCAGAUAAGGAAUCCUUAGCUGUAGGCAAUGAAUUGCUGGUCUUUGGACGCGAACUGUUGGAUUUUGCUAUUUGGAGGUAUAGUCUGCUUAGUCGAAAGUGGGUCAAAUGUCUGGGGAUGAAUCUUCCCCGUUGUUUGUUUGCUUCAAGUAGCUUUGGCUCAAUCGCCAUCAUUGCUGGAGGAAGUGAUAAGAAUGGGACCAUUUUGAAAUCAGCAGAGCUUUAUGAUUCCGAAUCAGGCAAAUGGGAGCUCUUACCUAAUAUGCAUUCUCCACGCAAGCUGUGUUCCGGAUUUUUCAUGGAUGGGAAGUUUUACGUAAUUGGUGGGAUGUCGAGUGCUACAGUUUCAUUGACUUGCGGUGAAGAGUAUAAUCUACAGACAAGGACAUGGAGGAAGAUAGAGGGCAUGUAUCCAAAUGCCAGCAGGGCCGCUCAAGCUCCUCCGCUUGUGGCGGUUGUGGACAACCAGUUAUAUGCAGUUGAGCAUCUGACAAACAUGGUGAAGAGGUAUGAAAAGGUGAAGAAUAGUUGGGUUGUGUUGGGCAGGUUGCCUGUCAGAGCCGACUCUUCCAACGGAUGGGGUCUGGCUUUCAAGGCCUGUGGGAGGGAGUUGCUGGUUGUUGGCGGGCAGAGAGGACCAGAAGGCGAGAGCAUUGUGCUGAACUCAUGGUCUCCAGAUUCUGGGAAUGCAGGCGGGACUUUGGAGUGGAAAGUACUUACCGUUAAGGAGCAUGCUGGAGUGUUUGUCUACAACUGUGCUGUUAUGGGUUGUUGAGCUUUUAUUCAUCAGUUUUUUCUUGGGCUCUUCGCAGCUAAAGGAGUGGGCCUCUGCGGUUAACCAGGCCAGUUUCGGAACUAUUUACACUUUUUAGACUGUUCGUCAUCCUCUUUAAUCUAUUGACCGUACUAUCUAUUGUUUAGACAUUGUCAUUCUCCACUCGAGAACUUGUUUUCCUUUAACAAAUUGUGUAUUGGACAUGGUGUUGCUGAUUCUGCAGUCUUCAUUGCUUUCAAGAGACUCAAUAGGACGUCCCAGUAGCGUCGUUGCCUCUCUGCCUCAUCUUAAUUUCUAUUUCUGAUUCACAGGCAAGCAUCUCUGUAUCAAGAAAAGAAAUUUUUUUUUUUCUUUUUCUUUUACUUUUUGCAACUUGAUUUUUUCUUCAUUUAAAUGCUUAGAUUUUGUACGUGGAAGCACAGCUGAAUGGUAUCUUUUUUUUAAUCUCUCAAUGUACCAGUUGUUCUUUU